AUGAGCCUCAUUGACGACGGCAGCGGCCCAGCCCCGCCGCAGCAACCGACUCCGGCGCACAUGGCCACUACCACCCUCAAAGUCGACGGGAUGACCUGCGGGGCUUGCACAUCUGCAGUAGAGUGUGGGUUCAAGGACGUAGACGGCGCUGGUGCCGUCUCGGUCAGCUUGAUGAUGGGAAGAGCAGUGGUACACCAUGACCCGAAGAAAUUAUCACCCGACAAGAUCGCCGAAAUCAUUGAAGAUCGUGGCUUUGACGCCGAAGUCUUGUCGACCGAUAUGCCUCAGCCUCCUGCCCUCACCAUACAGACAGCGUCGACCGACGCGGGAUAUCAGAUCACGACAACCACGAUAUCGGUGCAGGGUAUGACCUGCGGUGCCUGCACUUCUUCCGUCGAAGCUGGAUUCAGAGAUGUCCCGGGUGUGAAGAGCAUGAGCGUCUCGCUUCUGGCUGAGCGGGCAAUCGUGGUGCAUGAUGCAAAGGUCAUAAGUGCCGAGGCGCUUGCCGAGAUCAUCGAAGACCGAGGGUUUGACGCUACGGUGGUGGACUCGAAACUCCAAGACGCCGGCAAGGCCACAGAAGGUGAGGCGGAGGGCAAGGACCAGUCGUAUACAUGGACUACCACUGUCGCUAUUGAAGGUAUGACCUGUGGAGCUUGCACUUCUUCUGUCGAAGGCGCCUUCAGAAAUGUCGCUGGCCUGGUCAAAUUCCAGAUCAGUCUUCUGGCCGAACGAGCCUUGAUUUCACAUGAUCCAGUGGCCCUGCCCUCGGAAAAGAUUGUCGAGCUCAUUGAAGACGCUGGUUUUGAUGCCAGGAUCGUCUCCUCUCAGGCCGAGACGAACGUCUUUGGCUCUACAAAUGUAUCCCAGCAAUUAAGGAUUUAUGGCCUUCCGGAUGGCCGAACCGCGACCGAGCUGGAAAACACCCUACGAUCGAAGCCCGGCAUCGCGAGUGCAGUUAUCAACCUUUCCACUUCUCGGGCCACCAUCAGCUAUGAUCCCGCGGUCAGUGGCCUGCGAAUGAUUGUGGCAGCUGUCGAGGAGGCCGGAUUCAACGCUUUAGUUGCUGAUUCAGAGGACAACAACGCCCAACUAGAAUCACUGGCCAAAACCAAAGAAAUUCAGGAGUGGAAGAGAGCAUUCCUCACAUCUUUGGGCUUCGCCAUCCCCGUCCUUUUGAUCAGCAUGAUUAUACCCAUGUUCUUACCAUCUAUAAACUUUGGCGCCAUAGAAAUCAUCUCGGGCCUCUUCCUGGGCGACAUCAUUUGCUUCGGUCUCACAAUUCCUGUGCAGUUCGGCGUCGGAAAGCGAUUCUACAUCUCGGCGUACAAGAGUUUAAAACACAAAUCACCCACCAUGGAUGUGUUGGUGGUACUUGGCACUUCCACGGCGUUCUUUUUCAGCUGUUUUGCUGUCGUUGUGGCAGUUUUGAUACCCCCCCACAACAAGCCCAGUACUAUCUUUGACACCAGUACUAUGCUUAUCACAUUUAUUACCCUCGGCAGGUGGCUUGAAAAUCGGGCCAAAGGCCAGACUUCCAGGGCUUUGUCGCAGCUCAUGUCUCUGGCUCCAAGUAUGGCGACCAUCUACGACGAUCCGCUAUACGCGGAAAGACUGGCCGAAUCCUGGACAGCUCCAUCCUCGCCCGUUCUCGAGAAGACUCCAACAAUGGAUGCGCAUCUGAAGAGGGUCCCAUCCGGUCCGGGCGCGUCAGGCCUAUCAGGUCCCUCGGCGGCUGAGAAACUCAUCCCCACUGAGUUGCUCGAGGUCGGAGACAUUGUUAUCCUGCGCCCCGGGGACAAAAUCCCCGCCGAUGGCAUCGUCACCCGCGGGGAAAGUUUUGUGGAUGAAAGCAUGGUCACGGGUGAGCCGAUGCCUAUCCAGAAGAAGAAGGGCAGCGCGCUUAUUGCGGGCACCGUGAACGGUGCUGGCAAGAUCGAUUUCAAAGUCAGCCGCGCUGGAAAGGACACGCAACUGAGCCAGAUUGUAAACCUCGUGCAAGAAGCCCAGACGAAUCGGGCACCCAUCCAGCGAAUGGCAGAUCUCGUUGCCGGCCACUUUGUCCCUAUCAUCAUCCUGCUUGGGUUGAUCACCUUUGUCGGAUGGAUGAUCCUCAGCCAUAUCUUGCCAGAGCCACCAAAGAUCUUCACAGACAAGCAACAUGGCGGGAAGUUCAUGGUCUGCCUGGAGCUGUGCAUUUCGGUCAUCGUCUUUGCUUGUCCCUGUGCGCUUGGGUUGGCCACCCCCACCGCUGUCAUGGUCGGCACAGGAACUGCUUCCCAGCUAGGUAUUCUUGUCAAAGGAGGCGCAGCACUCGAGACCGCGACAAGGAUCACUCACCUCGUCCUCGACAAGACUGGUACUCUUACAUUGGGCAAGCUCAAGGUGGCCGAUACGAGCUACUCCUCUCUUUGGAACCAAAAUGAAUGGCGUCACAAACUCUGGUGGACACUGGUCGGGCUUGCCGAAGCAGGAUCUGAACAUCCAAUUGCCAAGUCCAUCGUGCUUGCUGCCAAAGAGAAUCUUGGGCUCGAGCCCGAAGCCACCCUACCCGGCCAAGUUGGCACCUUCGGCGUCACGGUCGGCCAGGGCAUCUCGGCCAUCAUCGAGCUCAACAAUACAGGGGAACAAACUCAGUACAAAGUCUACAUCGGCAACGCCACGUUCCUGGCGAACAAGAAGAUCGAUAUCCCCCCAGAGAUUGAGAACGCCGUCGAUGCCGCUUUAUCACCCACCACGCGCACGAAAUCCAAGACCGGAAUCACCACCAUCUACGUUGCCAUCAACGGCCAAUAUGCGGGACAUAUAGGCCUAUCUGACACGCUGAAACCGACAGCUUUGGCUGCAGUCACCGCUCUUCAUAAAAUGGGCAUCUCCACAUCCCUUGUCACAGGAGAUACAUACAAUACGGCUCUCUCCAUCGCCGACCUCGUGGGUAUCCCCCGCGAAAGCAUCCGGGCAUCGGUUUCUCCAGGUGGAAAGCAAUCCAUCGUCUCAGAUCUCCAGGCUGCCGGCGAAGUGGUGGCCAUGGUUGGCGACGGCAUCAAUGAUUCCCCCGCCCUGGCAACCGCGGACGUCGGCAUCGGUCUUGUCUCUGGCUCUGACAUCGCUGUCGAAGCUGCCGAUAUCGUGAUCAUGCGGGCCGACGACCUGUUGAAUAUCCCCACGGCACUGCAUCUCUGCCGGGUGAUUUUCCGUCGCAUCAAAAUGAAUCUCAUCUGGGCGUGCGCGUACAACGUAAUCGGAUUACCCUUUGCGAUGGGCAUCUUUUUGCCCCUGGGGUAUCACAUGCCGCCCUUGAUGAGUGCCACCGCGAUGAUAUUUAGUUCCAUUUCAGUAACACUCAGCUCGUUGGCAUUGAGGUGGGUGGGACGACCCAAGUGGCUUGAUGUCGCGCGGCUGGAAGGCGAAGCGAAGGUCCUCUCUACGCCGAUGAUGGGUGGGAAGCACAAGAGGAGGAUGGCGGGUGGAGUAUUGGGACAUAUGAGGGACGUCGUCGGCUGUGUAUUUGAGAGUGGGAUCUUCAAGAGGCGAUUGGCCGAGAGGGACCGGGGUACGUACGUGGCUCUGCAGAACGUCGAUGGGGAUGCCGUAUGA